GGAGAAACUUUCAAAAAGCACAAACAAAACUUACUCUUGUGUUGCACUACUCGGCACCAGACUUUCACGAGUUGUGUUCAUCCACACGCAGUCGGAGCGCAGUAGCAUAGAGCACCACAGCCAUGGCGGAAACUAAAGCCAACCCCCGGGUCUUCUUCGACAUCGGUAUGGAUGGAGAGAAAGUUGGCCGAAUUCUGUUUGAAUUGUAUGCCGACGUUGUGCCAAAGACAGCAGAAAACUUCCGAGCUCUGUGUACCGGCGAGAAAGGUGUUGGUAUUGCUGGAGCACCACUGCACUACAAGGGAUGUCCUUUCCAUAGAAUUAUUCACAACUUCAUGUGCCAGGGUGGUGACUUCACCAAUCAGAAUGGCACGGGCGGUGAAUCUAUUUACGGCGAGAAGUUCGAGGAUGAGAACUUUGAGAUCAAGCACGAGAAACCCGGUCUCCUGAGCAUGGCUAACAGCGGGCCUGGCACCAACGGAUCGCAGUUCUUCAUCACCACCACGGAGACGCCGCACUUGGACGGCAAGCAUGUUGUGUUCGGUGAAGUCACGAAGGGCAUGGGCAUUGUACGCGCCAUGGAAAACUGCAAGAAGAUUGGCGAAGGACCUGCCAGGCCCAUCAUCAUUGCAGAUUGCGGUGAGAUAUCGGAAGGACAGGACGACGGUUGUGUCAUUGAUGACGGUACUGGUGACACUCUGAACCCGUUCCCCGAAGACAGCGACUUUGACUUUAUUAAGGGCGUUGAUGUUGUGUUAGAAGAGCUGGGCAAAGUGCGUCUGCUCGGUAAUGACCUGUUCAAGCAGCAGCGGUACGAGGAGGCCCGUGCCAAAUACAGCAAAGUUGUUAGGUAUAUUGAACACAUGUCUGAAUUGAAUGAGCUAGAUCACAGCGGUGAUGAGGAAGGUGAACAGGCAUUGGACCGUGGCAGUGAGCUGAUCGACAAGUGCCGGGCUAUCUCCACUCCCACACAACUUAACAGGGCGGCAUGUUGCUUGAAGUUGAAGGACUGGGACACCUGUGUACAUGAUUGUACCGAUGUAAUUGAUCUAGAGGACGACAAGGUCAACAUCAAGGCACUAUUCCGUCGUGGUCAGGCGUAUCUCGAGCAGAAAGACCUAAAUGCUAGUUUGGCUGACUUUGAGGCUGCACAUAAGGCAAGCCCAGAUGACAAAGCUGUUCUUGGAUGGCUGCGGAAGGUGAAAACCAUGCAGCAGGAACUGAAGGACAAGGAAAAGAAAAUGUACCAGAAAAUGUUCGCCUGAUUGCGUCAAAGCCAGCCAACCCCCUGCCCUGCAUGUAGACGCCGGAGACAGCAGGGCUGCGGCACCUUUCAUACUGUCUUAAAAAAUUUCCUGCUCAUGUUUUCAUGCUGGCUUUUCCUCUCUCUCUUGGUAUUUUUGCUUUCAACCGAAACAUAUUUUCAUUGUACAUUGAGUUUUGUAGUGCCGUAGACACCUGAAAUAUGAACUUGAAAAAUUGAAACAGAAAAUUUUAACAAAAACAGAAAUGAUAUGAACGUUA